GUGAUUUUUAAUUCAAAAUACCUAUAAGCAUUUGAAAAUUAAUCAUCUUGUUUUAAUGCGAAUAUGCGGUAAAUUUUUAGUCAGAAAUUACCGCAUGGAAAACAUAUUAUUUGUGUUUGGAUUUUAUUUCUGAACUUUAAAACACUGUCUGUCCUCAAUCAUGAUGAAUUUUAACAUGAAUAGGGGCAGACAGUUGUUAUUUCAACAAAUAAAGAACUUGUUUGGAAGGAGGAUUUAUCACUCUGCAAGUAAAAUAUUCAUUUAUGAAAGAAAACAACUAUGUCUGGAUGUGAGGAAGGCGUUCUCAUAGACUUCAGCGAUUAUGUGACAGUUGCUGAACCAGAUCCGAUAGAGACAAAUCGCCGCUGGGUGAUGGAUGACGUGAAUAUGGAGGCCUCGUUUAUCAAGGCUGCAGCAGUUGCUGACGAGAAAGCCCAGCAGAAAGUUGCUGACUCAGUGCUUGAUAGCUCUCCAAUAAUGUUAAUCACGGACGAGGAUCUCCAGUUUGACUCUCUACCAAUCUGGUCAGAGGCCUGUCCUAAAAUCACUGGAAGUCACAAGAUGUCCAAGAACUCGGCACCGAAAGAACAGAAAUCAGACCAGAAUUCAAAUUCCAGUUUUGAGGAGAAUUGGGCUGAAAUCCAACGUGAAGCCAACAAACUUGCUGAUAUAAUCUCACAGGCCUAUCCUGAAGAGGGGAUAAUGAGCAAGAAAGAAAGCGAGAAUUUUAACGCAAAAGACUAUCUUUUGAAGUAUGAGGGAAAGUCUAAACCACACGAGAAAGUAUUCUGCCAGAAAAAAGUUCUACUUGGAGAGAACUUUUUUGCUAAAGGUGUUUUAGGUGAGAUGGAGUCAGAUUUAAUGGCAAAGGAGAAUGUUUUCCCAAAGAAGAAACAGUUGCUUGGAGAAAAUUUGUUCGCGAAAACAGGUUUGGAUGUUCACUUGGAGUCUACUGAUGAACUUGAAGAUGACAAAGUCGAUUUCAAUAUGAAAAAAUUAGAUGACAUCCUCCAUGUUUCACCUGUAAAAAAACAAAAGCUGGAAUGUGGCGCACAGUACAAGCUGCCUAGUGAUGACUUUCCUAUGGGUCAAAGAAAAUCGCCUCGAUUGAACAAACUUGUAUUAAAAUCCCUGGAAAAUCCCAAGCCUGAAGAGCCACAGGGGUCCAGAACUGUAGAAGACAUUCCUGAGAAAACUGAGAGAAAACCUGUGGCUAGAGCUCAAAGCAUGUUGUCCAGGAUACGGCCACCUGUACGACUGGCAAAACCUUCUGUGCCAAGUAUACAGCCUCUAAAUUCUAAUUCAACACUCAAUGUUUCGGCAGCCACUGACCGCAGAAGCAUGUCCCCAGCAAGCAGUGUUGAAGAUGUAAGUCUCAGAAAUGUGCCGACCAAUGUGGCUACCAACCUGCCGACCAAUGUGCCGACGAGGUCUCGUUUGUCGGCGCCUAAAGGAGCGGCACUUCUACCAUCAAAACUGAAAGUUCCAGCAGCUUCCACUAAUAAUGAUAUUUCCACAGAGCCUAACCUAUCCCAGGCUAUAGAGCCCAAGCUCUCCCAGGCUGUAGAGCCCAAGCUAUCCCAGGCUGCUAAUCAAAAAGUGCCGCAGACAAAACUUCAGCUGUUGCGUCCAAGUCGUCUUCAGAAACCCUCCAUGCCUGUACCUAGCACUGACAGUGAGAAAAAACCUAUGAAGGCCUUCGCACCACAGCCACAAAUAGAAGAGGAGACCCCAGUGAAGGCAGACAAGCUGGUCAAGCCCAAAAAUCUUUCUGGUGGCCUUUCCACUCCCUCCAGAGCAGGUGGUUCUCGAACCAGCAGCACAUCAUCAAUGCGAUCACUUGAGUCCCCACGGCCAACCAAGGGCAGUUCAAGUAAGCCACGCGACUCAGCUAACAUUGAGCCCACCUCCCCAGCAGCCCUGACGACCUCCAAGCGACCCCUGGUGGUGAACACCCCCAACAUGCCCAAGAAACGCAUCUCUCCCUGGUCACCCAUACAGAAGAAGCCAAUAGACCAUGUUGACUUAGCCUUCAUGUGCACGAAAAAAGUGCCCAAAUAAUUUUGUUAUCUGUACUUUUGUGUGUUGUGUGUAUGUGUAUACAAAUAUAAGCAUUCUAUAAAUUAGGCAAAAGCUUUUUUCAAAGAACCUUAAGUUAAAAUUUAUUCUUAUUUUUAAUUUUGCAAAUUAUCUCUUCGCAUAGAAACAAAUAUGAUUUACAGUACAACAUAAUUGUCUGUUUAUUCAAUAAAGAAGUAUUAUCCCUUAAGUCAAAAUAUUUGUAAAAUAACUUACUUUGCUUAAUAUUUACCAGCUCUGUAUGGAACAAAAUAUUCAGACAGUAGUAUGCGUACCCAGGGUAUGUAUUGUGUAUGUGAAUGGGUUCAAGCCUAACCCUUUCAGUGCGGGAACCGAAUUUUGAAGGCCUUUGCAAACAGUUUGGAUCCAGAUGAGACGCCACAGAGUGUGGCGUCUCAUCAGGAUCCAAACUGUUUGCUAUUCGGAUAGUAUUCUUGGAAAAAAAUCAAAGAAAAUGCUAAUUUUAGAAAUUCAGCAGACGACAUUUUAGCAGAAGACAAAUUACCCAGCAUGCAAAGGGCUAAAUAACAUGAGCAAAUGAUAGCUGUGUCUGUACACCAUGUGUUAUGUGAUAAGUUUGUUUUAAAUUAAAAUCAGACUGUAGUGUAGAUUAUAUAUGUUUUAGGUUUUGAAGGGACUGUUGAUGCUAGUAGUAGUACAUGAUACAAUAUUGGUAUUUAUGGUUUAUAAGAACUAGUUAUUUUACAUAUGUAUAGCUUUGGAAAUAUGGUACAAGUCAUGUUAUUUGUAUUCAAUCUGAUUAAUUCAAUUAUCUCAACUUAACAUUUUCAUUCACAUAAACCUUUAAAAGACAUUCACCCGAGUAUAAAUCCGUAUCCAGAAUGUCAAGAUUGUCUGUGAGAUCAUUUAAUAAAUAAAAACGCACAUUGAUUUGUUUGUGUAUAUGCAAUUUAUGGAAACACUUGAUAUUUGUUUGCGAAUAAAACACUUACGAAACUGA